AAGAAAAAGACCUAUAAAAGCAGAAGAAGGCGCCGCCCGCCAAAUCAAACGGAGGGAAAAAUCAAAGAAAGAUGAAUUUCAGCGUGAAGGCACUGAGCAAGGGCGGCGCUCGCGCCGGCGUGUUGCAGGUGGGCGGUUGUUCUAUGGAUACUCCAGCGCUCCUUCUCAGCACGCGCAAGGGCUUGCCCGCCUUCAUCUCCCCCGACCUUCUCUCCACUCUCCCAACCCCGGAUUCCCGCCUCCUCCAAUUCAGCCCCCUUCACUUUGUGGAAGGCAUAUCGUUGAAAGCGGUAUCCGAGAUGGGAGGGCUGCAUCAGAUGCUUGGUUUGAAGGAGCAUGUGUUUGCGGCCAACCCGGCUGAUCCCAUCUUAUCUGUACCAGAUCAUCAGAGCUCCAACAAGAUUGGAGCAUCCUUUGAGACUCCUUCCGGCCGCUUUCUUAUAAAACCGGGACAGUAUAUGGAAAUGAUUACUUCAAUGAAGCCUGAUAUGUGGGUGACAUUGGCUGAUGAGGUCCCUGCUUGGGUUACUGACAAGAGAAACAAAGCAUCGGUUCAGCGUACUAUGAGAUGGCUUGACGACUGCUUGACGUUGGCUAAAACAAAUGAUACAGGCGGAGCUGUAUUUGGAUCCAUCGUAGGAGGCUCUAAAAUCAAUGAACGGAUAUACUGUGCACAAGAAGUUUCAAGGCGAAAUGUCUCAGGUUUUCACAUUGGUGGCUUUGGUCUUGGAGAGAGUAUGGAUGAACGCCCCGCUCUUCUCAGUGCUGUUAUUGACUCUUUACCCGAGGAUAAGCCUCGCCAGAUAAGUGGUCUUGGACUUCCAGAGGAGGUCUUGCAAGGUGUUGCUGCUGGCAUUGACCUCUUUAACUCCACUUAUAUAUACCAUCUUACAAUUGGAGGCUUUGCACUUACAUUUCCUUCAGAGGAAAUUGAGAGACAUGGUUCCGUUGAUCAGCUGAGUGACACCGUCAGAGAUGAUGGUACGAAGAUCAACUUGAAGGCAACUAUUUACAGGAAAGACACAUCACAAAUUCUAGAGGGAUGCAAGUGCUACACGUGUCAGAAUCAUACAAAGGCGUAUAUAAACCACUUGUUUAACGUUCAUGAAAUGUUGGCACAAAUUCUACUAGAAAUUCACAACACUCACCACUAUAUAGGAUUCUUUCGCAAGAUAAGAGACACGAUCAGGGAAGGAACAUUUGAGGAGUUUCGCCAAAAGUUUGUGGAAUCUAGACGUGAGCAUGCUGCACCAGCUCCUGAUGCUGCUGUUGCUUUGUGUGCGUGAUUUGCACGCCAUGAUGCAGUUUGCCAUUCCUUCCUCUACUGGGAAGACGAGAGAUGAUGUUGGAGAAGUUUUUCUAUUUUUAAGUCGAACUUCCUGCCCGAGAUAGUCUGCUGCUUGUGAUGCAACACACAACCUGUUACAGAUGAGAGUUAGGUACAAAGAAUUUGGUUUUUCACAAGCAAAAUGAGUGUAACUACACUCAGUUUUUUGGUCUACAAGUAUUUAUGUAUUUUGCGCAUAGGUUAUACAAUAGUGAUUUGAUUACAGUUUGAGCACCUUACAUUAUUGUUAUUCCAUAGUGA